AUGGCAACCAACUCAUCUGCCAGCUCGCAAGCCCCCUCGCGCCCCUCCUUGCAGGGCUCACAGUCCUCCUCCAGCAUCUCCAGCGCACAGUCGUCUGGCUCGAGCAACAAGCCAGCGGACUAUGUCUACUUCGAACGAACAACUGCCGGGUUCUCGGAUGAUGCGGUGCCUCGUGCAAAGACCGCACAGCUGAAACUAGAACAUUUCUACAAGGUUGCUGUAGAUGCUGCAAUCGAACGUAACACAAGACGCGUCGAGCUAGAACGGAAGUUGGCUGCCGAAACAACCAUGACCGAUGAACGUAAACAGCGCCAGCUUCAGCAAUUGGGAAAGCGAGAGUCUGCGUUCUUGCGGCUACGGAGAACGAGACUUGGCCUCGAUGAUUUCAGGACAGUGAAGGUUAUCGGGAAGGGUGCCUUCGGAGAGGUUCGCGUGGUGCAAAAGACAGAUACAGGUAAAAUAUAUGCGAUGAAGACCCUCCGGAAGGAUGAGAUGUUGAAGAAAGAUCAGCUUGCACAUGUACGCGCGGAGCGCGAUGUCCUUGCGGAGUCAAAUUCGCCAUGGGUCGUCCAGCUUUAUUAUUCGUUCCAAGAUUCCGCAUACCUCUACCUUAUCAUGGAGUUCCUUCCUGGAGGUGAUCUUAUGACUAUGCUGAUCAAGUACGAUACCUUCUCGGAAGACGUCACGCGCUUCUACAUAGCAGAAUGUGUACUUGCCAUAGAGGCUGUGCAUUCAUUAGGAUUCAUUCAUCGUGAUAUCAAACCAGACAACAUUCUCAUAGACAAAGACGGCCACAUCAAGUUGUCCGACUUCGGACUCUCUACGGGGUUCCAUAAACAGCACGAUUCAAGCUACUAUCAACGCUUACUGGACUCCGCUAAUGGUGUCGCAUCACCCACUACAGCAGCGCGCAACAGUGUGAUGGUGAACGCAAUCCAUUUGACCAUGUCCAGCAAAGACCAAAUCGCAACGUGGAAAGCAAACCGCCGGAAGCUCGCAUACUCGACUGUCGGUACGCCGGAUUAUAUUGCACCGGAAAUCUUCCUGCAGAAGGGCUACGGCAACGAGUGCGAUUGGUGGUCGCUCGGUGCAAUCAUGUUCGAGUGUCUCGUCGGGUACCCGCCCUUCUGCUCAGAGUCGACGCACGAGACGUAUCACAAGAUCCUCCAGUGGCCAAAUUAUCUUAUGUUCCCCGACGACGUGCACCUCAGCCGGGAGGCAGAAGACUUGAUCAGAAGAUUGAUAACAUCGCCCGAUCGUCGGUUGGCCGUAGAACAGAUCAAGCACCAUCCGUUCUUCUAUGGAGUGAGCUGGACAGGUAUUAGGAACAUCGAGGCACCGUUCAUCCCCCGCCUACGGUCUAUCACGGAUACAUCAUACUUCCCGACAGAAGAGUUGGAGCAAGUUCCAGAGGAACCCGUCGGUGCCGAUACUACAGGCGCGAGCAAGGAUCUUGCGUUCUUAGGAUACACGUUCAAACGAUUCGCGAUUUCCUCUCAGGGUUUCUGA